GUCAUCAAUCAAAUACUCAGACAACCAUGGGGCACCAGGCGCAGCACGGCACGGACGACACCGAGGAGCUGCUUGCAGCCCACCGGCAGCUGUGGUGCCAUGCCCUGGGCUACGUCAAGUCCAUGGCGCUCAAGUGCGCCCUGGACCUGCGCAUCCCCGACACCAUCGACCGCUGCGGCGGGAGCGCCACCCUGGGCGAGCUGCUCGCCGCAAGCGAGAUCCCGGCGUCCAACCACGACUACCUCCGACGGGUCAUGCGCACGCUGACAGCCAUGCGCAUCUUCGCGGUCAGCCACGACGACCCCGCCAAGGCCGACGACGCGGCCGCCAUCUCUUACCAGCUCACCCCGGCGUCCCGGCUGCUCGUCAGCAGCAGCAGCAGCAGCGUCGACGCCGCCGCCGCCGGCGCCGGCGCCUCGAAGGAGAACACUACUACCCCGAGCAUCCUCCCCAACAUCGCCCACCUGGUCCGCCCCAACACCAUCUCCCUGCUGUUCAGCAUGGGCGAGUGGAUGAAGGACGAGAGCGCGGCGUCCGUGUCGCUGUACGAGACGGUGCACCGGCAGGGGAUGUGGGCGUGCGUGGAGGACGACGCGGCCAACAGGGCCAGCUUCUACGAGAGCAUGGACGCCGACACCCGGCUCGUGAUGCAGGCCGUGGUCCGCCGGUGCCCGCACGUGUUCGACGGCAUCAAGUCGCUCGUCGACGUCGGCGGCGGCCGCGGCACCGCCGCCGCCGCCGUCGUCGCCGCCUUCCCGCACAUCCAGAGGUGCACCGUCAUGGACCUCCCCCACGUCGUCGCCGAGGCUCCCGCCGGCACCGCCGGCCUGUCCUUCCACGGCGGCGACAUGUUCGAGCACAUCCCGUCGGCUGACGCACUCAUGCUCAAGUGGAUCCUGCACGACUGGGAUGAGGACAAGUGCAUCAAGAUAAUGGAGCGCUGCAAGGAAGCGAUCGGUGGCAAGGAAGCAGGGGGGAAGGUGAUAAUAAUAGACACGGUGCUCGGAUCUCGGGCAGACGACGACGACGACGACAAGACGUGCAGGGAGACGUAUGUGUUGGAUCUCCACAUACUGAGCUUCGUGAACGGGGCGGAGCGGGAGGAGCACGAGUGGAGGAGGAUCUUCCUGGCGGCUGGGUUCCGUGACUACAAGAUCACGCACACCCGAGGCAUCCCGUCCAUCAUCGAGGUCUUCCCGUGAUGAUCAUGGAUCGAGAGUCGAUCAUAUAUGCAUGUUUGUACGUGUUUGUGUCAUAAUAAAUCGAUCGAUCAUGUUGUUUACCCUUUUUAUUUCGGUAUCUAGUUGCAUCUGUGGGCGGGCUAAAAUAAAUCACGGCCGGCCGGGCUUCAUCAAGCCCAUGUAUCCAGCUGUGUGUAAUAAUGCAAUGGAAAACGAACCAAAAAGAAUGCUUCCAUUCCA